AUGCAAUACUAAACAUUUAAGCCCACAAUUUUGAAUGAUACGACUAAUUAAUAAUAACAAGGUACGUUAAGACCAAGCUCUAAAUUCAUGAAUUAAAAAAUUGAUCAUACAAACUUGAACAAUGAAAAUAAAAAAUCUACAGUCUAAUAUUAGGAAGCUAUAGAAUAUAUCCAAGAAAUAGAGGAAUAGAAAUCUAUAAUAGAAGGAUAAAAUUAAUUUAUUUAGAUUUUAAGAAAUUCAAUAGAAAGUAAAUUAUAGAUUGAAGGAUUUCAAAUGAUAUUAGAUUAAGUAGAAAUUAUGUCAAAAGAAUAAAAAAUUGAUUUAUUUGCAUUAGUCACAUAACUAUAUUAGGAAUUGUCAAUCUAAAAUUAAUAAAAUGCAUAAGUUGAUAAUUUAUAACAAUUAGUAGACAAUUUAAAUAAAUAAAUUAAUUGUUAUGCUAAAGAGUUAACAGAAUUAAAGGUAGAUAAGUAAUAUUUGUUGGAAUAACUUGAUUAAUUGUAGGGUGUCACUAAAGAUGACGAUACUAGCUUAUUUAAAGAUGCUUAAAUAUCAAAAUUAGAAUCAGAGAAUCAGCAUUAUAAAACUCAGAAUCAGAAAUUACACUUACAAAAUGAAAAAUAUUAAGAUGAUUUAGCUUAACUGGAAAAAAGGCUUAAUAAGAUUCAUUUGAAUUUGAAAACUGAGGAAUGUGAAAAAGAAGAAUUAAUUAAAGAAUUAGAAAAUUUAAAACAAACUUUUUAUAAAAGUCAAGUUAAAGAAGAACAUAAAUUAGAACUUAAUUUGGCUUUAAAAGAAUAAGAGUUAGAAUUUAGCAACAAUAAAAUCAAAAGACUAGAGAAUCAAAUUAAAGAAUUAAAUGCAUAGAUCGAAGAGUAAUAAAAAUAAAUUGGAACAUAAAAAUAUCAAAUAGAAAAUCUGCAGCAGUAGCAUUAAUUGCAAUAUGAUUAGUUAGAGAUUGAAAUGAAUCAAUAUCGAAAUGAAAUUCAUGAAUAAUCAAUGUUUUGCGAACAAUUACAAUCAUAGUUAUAAGCAUCAGACUAAUAUAUUUAAUAAAUUACUGAUGAAAUUCGUAAAAUUGUAAAAACUAAUGACUUCGACAUAUUCAAUAUUUUAACAUCACUCUAAGAAAAUAUUUCAACUUUAAACCUAAAUGAGCAAAGGUUGAAAUAAAGCGAACAUGAAAAAUCUUAAAUAAUCUUCGAUUUAUAACAUCAAUUCACAGACUCCCAAUAAAAUAAUUAAUAAUUAUCUGAGUAAAUAUCUUUGUUAAGUGCAUAAACUUAGCAAUAUUAAAGCGACAUUAAACAACUAGAAAAAUAAAAACGAUUAUUUCGAUAAGAAUUUACUCACAUGAAAUAAUUAGAAGAACAGAAAAAUCAAGAAAUUAAGGAAUUAUAAACAUAGUUUUACAAAUUCGAUAAAAAGUUCUCUGAAUAAUUAGAAAGAUCCAUAAAAAUAGAAAAAGAAAAUGCUCAAUUAAAAGAAUAAUUGUCGCUAUCUUAAUAGCAACUAGCAAGUGCGAAAAACCAAGUUUCAAAUAAAAAAUCUCUAAGCUUCAGCUAAUCAUCAUUUACAGAAUAAAAAAUAAAGAAUUAUGAUUACAUUGCACUUUUAUAAACUUUUGAAAAAGUAAAACCGUUAUUUCCUAGUGAGGCUCUUGAAUUAGUUUAGGAGAUGCACUCUUUACAAAACAAAUUAGUGAGAACAGAAGAAAUAGAUAGUCAAUUAAUUUAAGAAGAAAUAAAGAUAUAAUAAAAAAUAUCAAUUUAAUAACUCAAUUUAAAAAAUAUGUAAGCUUGCUUAUCUAAAAUAAUGUCUGAAAAUAAAAAGUUAAAAUUAGAAUUAUAAAUGAUUUAACCAAUACAGGGUGAGUAAACUUAAUCAUAAGAAUGUUUAUCGUAUGAUUAAGGAAGAAGUUUCUCUAGAUUUCAUAAAUAAUCAAUGUCGGUUCACACAAAACCUAAAUUUUAAUGA